AUGGUGUCCGCUGAUAGCUCUAUGGCAGCAGUCAUCGACAAUAAGGGCGAUAACUGCCUGAAGGGUUGCUGCGGCACGGGAGAACAUGCAAACGCUGAAGGCUUCAAGGAGGCUUCAUAUGUCGGCCUGUUGAACAAGGAACGCCAGAAAGGAUGUUGCGUUUCGACUCUUGCCGUUGAUUUGGCUGGUUCUGGCUGCACAGAAGCUGCUGGCGACGACCAGGAUGACUGCUGUGGCGAAAAGCCGAGCAAGGAAUCCGAUGCCAAACCCGCCCGCGAGAUUGCAGCCAGUUCCUGCAUCGGCAAGAUUGAUGGGCAACCGGGUGAGUGUUGCUCGCCCAAGCCCGUCUUAGACGGCGGCUGUAAGAAGGGUUGCUGUGGCUCCAUGGCCGAGGCCAAGCCUACCGAGAGCCUUUCUAUCAUCUCUAACAAGGAGGAUCAGUGUGCCCCGAAAAUCAAAGUGGAAGACGAUUGCAAGAAAGGCUGCUGUGGCUCCGCGAUCGAAUCCAAGCCUUCCAUGAAGCGUGCUGCCGUUAGUGCUGUGGAAGGCAACUCCGGCCCCGAGAAGGCCAAGGCUGAAGACGAUUGCAACAAGGUGUUUUGUUCAGCUCGCCCAGCCAUGGUUGAACAGGAUCCAGCCCCUAGCUGCUGUGAGGGCAAAACCUCGCCUUGCUGCGAUACGACCUGCAUUGAACGUCUAGCCCUUAGAGAAUGCACCGGCAUCAAGCGGACGGCUUCCCGCGCUUCUGGAAAAGGCCCUGAAGUGACCAGUACCGUUGACCUCGAAAGAGGCACCUCCGGAAGGGAGCACGUCAUUCUCAGCAUCUCGGGCAUGACCUGUACAGGCUGUGAGACGAAGCUCAAGCGAACUCUGGCAACCCUCAACGACGUCAGGAAUCUGAAAACAAGCUUGGUGCUCGCCCGCGCUGAGUUCGACUUGGAGAUUGGCAGUCAGUCGGCAGAGGAUGUCAUAAAACAUCUCGAACGAACCACCGAGUUCAAGUGCGAGAAAGUCACUAGCCAGGGCGCCAGCAUUGACGUUCUGACACCUGGAUCACCCGACGACUUCAUACAUCAAUCUUGGCCUCAAGGUGUCACAGACAUUCGAGUCGUCGACAAGAAUACUGUUCACGUAGAGUUCGACGCUGAGGUUAUAGGGGCGCGGGACUUGGUCGAGAGAGGAUGGGGUAACCCCGUGAAGCUGGCUCCUCCUCGUGCGGAUCCAACCCUUGAGGCCGGUAGCAAGCACGUUCGCGACAUUGGGUUGAUGACUUUGCUCUCUGCCGUCUUGACCAUUCCUGUUCUUGUCAUGGCCUGGGCGCCCUUGCCUGAGAAUGAGAUCGCGUACGGCUCGGCUUCACUGGCACUUGCCACCAUUGUUCAGGUGGUUAUCGCCGGUCCAUUCUAUCCAAAGGCCUUGAAGAGUCUGAUUUUCUCGAGAAUGAUCGAGAUGGACCUGCUCAUUGUUCUGAGCACGAGUGCUGCCUACAUCUUUUCAGUUGUAUCCUUUGGCUACCUUGUCUCUCACCAACCCCUCUCGUCCGGCGAGUUUUUUGAAACGAGCACAUUGCUCGUAACUCUUAUCAUGGUAGGCCGGUACGUCAGCGCUCUUGCGCGGCAGAAGGCCGUCGAGUCUAUCUCGAUUCGAUCUCUACAGGCAAUCAACGCCAUUAUUGUCGACUCAAGCGGCCAGGAGAGGGAGAUUGAUUCUCGGCUUCUGCAGUACGGCGAUGUCUUCAAGUUGGCUCCAGACUCUCGGGUUCCUACAGAUGGUACCGUCAUCACUGGAUCAUCUGAGCUGGACGAAUCCAUGAUAACUGGAGAAUCUAGGGUUAUUGAAAAAUACCCAGGCUCCCCAGUAAUAGCUGGCUCAAUCAACGGUUCCGGCACUCUCAGCAUCCGGCUUACUCGACUGCCAGGAGACAACACUAUCAGCAACAUUGCAGGAAUGGUUGACGAAGCCAAGCUAUCCAAACCCAAAAUCCAAGAUAUCGCUGAUCGCGUUGCAACAUACUUCGUACCGGUGGUGGUUGCCAUCACAAUCAUCACCUUCGUCAUCUGGGUCGCUGUCGGUGUCGCUGUUCGCAAAGAAUCCGGCUCUGAGGCAACCAUCCGUGCCAUUACAUACGCAAUCACCGUUCUCAUCGUCUCAUGUCCAUGCGCCAUCGGUCUCGCUGUUCCAAUGGUGAUUGUCAUUGCGAGCGGCGUUGCGGCCGAACGUGGCGUCAUCUUCAAGUCCGCAGACAGUAUCGAGGUCGCCUACAAAACGUCGCACGUCGUUUUUGACAAGACUGGAACCCUCACAGAAGGAAAGUUGAGCGUGGCCAGAGAAUGCUACCUCACUGAUCAUCAGGGCGCAACGCAAGCGCUCCUUCUGGGCCUCGUAGGUGGCAUCAAGCAUCCCGUCUCUGCUGCCGUGGCCGCCCACAUUAAGAAAAGUGGCAUGUCACCUGCGCCGGUAUCCGAUCCCAAGACUUUGACUGGAAAGGGUGUCGAGGCAACCGCAUCUGGAAGCGUGCUUCGCGCUGGCAACUCGAGGUGGCUAGGCCUCUCGUCCGAUCACAACGUGGGGUCCAUCUUGAGCCAAGGACUCACUGCUUUUUGCUUCACGGUCGACGGCAAAUUGGCUGCAGUGUUUGGUCUCCAGGACUCGGUGCGGUCCGACGCUCGCGACACAAUCUCCCAGUUGCAGAUCUCUGGCAUCUCGGUUCAUGUACUUUCCGGUGACGACGACGGGGCCGUCCGGACAGUUACAUCGCAACUGGGGAUCUGCGAAAGCAACGUGCGUUCUCGUUGCACCCCCAAAGAUAAACAAGAAUACAUCCAACGUCUUCUGGACACACCCUCCCUCGACAACAACGGAAAGCAGAAAAAGCCAGUUGUUCUUUUCUGCGGCGAUGGUACAAACGACUCCGUCGCAUUAGCCCAGGCUACCAUUGGCGUACAUAUGAACGAGGGCACUGACGUGGCCAAAUCCGCUGCUGAUGUAGUUCUGAUGCGCCCCAGCCUUGCCGGGAUCCUCACCGCCAUCGCAAUAAGCAAGAAAGCCAUCAACAGGAUUACUUUCAACUUCGGCUGGAGCUUCGUCUACAACCUGUUUGCCAUCCUGCUUGGGUCCGGGGCUUUUGUCAAAGCCCGAAUCCCUCCGGAGUUCGCUGGCCUUGGCGAGCUCGCUUCUGUCUUACCCGUCAUCGCCGCCGCCGUGCUUCUGCGUUGGACUAAGGUCUAA